CUGUGUUUGCUGAUAUGGAAACACUGUUCUCCUCCUCCAUGGAUGAGCUAAGGAAGAUGAAUGUUUCAGCCAUAGUAUACUCAGUUUCUGCAGUGCUUAGCAUUUACAUUGCACAUUGGAUUUACAGAUGGAGGAAUCCUAAGUGCAAUGGUGUCUUGCCUCCUGGCUCCAUGGGCUUGCCUCUCAUAGGAGAAACCCUUCAGCUCAUCAUCCCCAGCCACUCUCUAGCUCUCCCUCCAUUCAUCAGCACAAGAAUCAAACGAUAUGGAUCAAUAUUUAAAACGAAUGUGGCGGGCAGGGGUGUGAUCAUAUCAGCAGACGCGGAUUUCAACAGCUUCAUUCUGAAACAAGAUGGGAAGCUGGUGGAGACAUGGUCCAUGGACACAUUUGCUCAGGUGUUUGAUCAGGAAAUGCAGUCUUCCAAGAAGUACACAAGGCAUCUGGCUCUAAACCAUUUCGGGGUCGAAGCCCUCAGGGAAAAACUCCUUCCUCAGAUUGAAACUUUCAUCAACCACACCCUCCACAAAUGGUCUGCCCAAGACUCAGUUGAAGUCAAAAGUGCAGCCAUCACUGCAACGGUUGAUUUUGCUGCAAAGCAAAUAUUCAGUGGGGAUCUUGAGAAUGCACCAUUCAGUAUCAGUGACAUGUUUAGGGAUCUGGUGGAAGGUAUGAUGUCUUUCCCAAUCAACCUCCCAGGAACUGCUCACUAUAACUGCUUGCAGAUUCACAAGAAAGUGCGGGGGAUGAUGAGGGACGUGGUGAAGAGGAGGUUGGAGACCCCAGAAAGACAGCAAGAAGAUGUGUUGGAUCAUAUGAUCAGAGACAUGGGAACCCACAAAUUCUUGUCAGAGGAUUUCAUAGUUCAGUUGAUGUUUGGUUUGCUGUUUGUCACAUCUGAUUCAAUCUCAACCACACUGGCAUUGGCCUUCAAGUUGCUGGCAGAACAUCCUAAUGUCCUGGAAGAACUAACUGCUGAGCAUGACACAAUCCUGAAGAACAGAGAGAAUCCAGAUGCCCCUCUUUCUUGGGAUGAGUAUAAAUCCAUGACAUUUACAUUGCAGGUUAUAAAUGAGGUCCUGAGGUUAGGGAAUGUUGCUCCUGGAUUUUUUCGUCGCGCUAUUAAGGAUAUUCCUGUCAAGGGGUAUACUAUUCCAUCAGGUUGGGUUAUUAUGAUUGCCACAGCUGCUCUUCAUCUAAACUCUCAUCAAUUUGAGGAUCCACUCGCAUUCAAUCCAUGGCGCUGGCAGAAAAUCCAACAAAAUAGUGCUAAUAAGCAUUUCAUGCCAUUUGGAUCUGGAAUGAAGCAAUGUGCUGGUGCAGAAUACAGUAGGGUGAUUUUAGCCACAUUUCUGCACGUUUUGGUAACAAAUUACAAAUGGAAGAUGGUGAAGGGAGGGAAAAUUAUCCGAGCCCCUAUCAUAAGAUUCCCAGAUGGAUUUCACUUCAAGAUCUCAAUGAAGAUCUAA